CUUUAUCAUUCGUUUAUUGUUUAUAUGUCAUUACAAUUAAUCAACAGCGUUAGUAAUGUUGGAGAUGAGAAAUCGAGCUUUAUUGACAUGGUCUACAACUACGACUGGUCAUCAACUCCAUUAGGUUCUAUGGAUUCAUGGGAACCCCAAUUUAUAUCCCUUUUGAAUUUAUGCCUUAAAUCCGAGUUUCCUACUACCAUCUGCCUCGGUCCAGAAUGGACUAUGAUAUACAAUGAAGCGUCGAUACCAAUAUUAAAAUCAAAGCAUCCUAGUGCAUUAGGAAAACCAACUCUUAAAGUUUGGUAUGAAACAUCUAAUGAUUUAAAAUCAAUAUUAGAAAG